CACCUAAUCAAUAGAUUCGGUUUGAGUAAUACCGUUUAGCCCUAAGACAAUUCCCUCCAUUUGAAUCAUACCCGUUUCCGCCGCCGCCGCCACCAGUCAACAGCACAGGUUGUCACCGCCAUCACCAACCUUCUCUCCGAGCCCUCAUCCACCCGCGAGGUUAAUGCUGAUGGGUGUGAUUGAUAUAUACAACGCUUCCUCACUACGAUUGACCAAUAUCAGCAUCAGUCGCAGACCCAGUUGUGGAACUGAAGGGAACAAGAGGACGGUGGUGGCUAUGGCUUCCACAACCCCUGUGCAGAAAAAAGUUAGUGAGGUUCAACAGCGUUUGACCGGUGACUCGUUCAUUCGACCCCAUUUGAGGAAUUUGUCUCCUUAUCAGUCCAUUUUGCCAUUUGAGGUUUUGUCGGCCCAACUUGGAAGGAAGCCUGAGGACAUCAUCAAAUUAGAUGCAAAUGAAAACCCUUAUGGUCCUCCUCCGGAGGUUUUUGAAGCUUUGGGUGCACUGAAAUUCCCAUAUAUCUAUCCUGACCCUGAAAGCCGUCGGUUACGUGCUGCCCUUGCAAAGGAUUCAGGGCUUGAAUCUGAUUAUAUUCUUGUUGGGUGUGGUGCGGAUGAGCUCAUUGAUUUGAUUAUGAGAUGUGUGCUUGAUCCUGGUGACAAGAUUGUUGACUGCCCUCCAACGUUCACAAUGUAUGAAUUUGAUGCUGCAGUAAAUGGGGCUUCUGUCAUUAAAGUGCCAAGGAAGUCGGAUUUUAGCUUGGAUGUAGACGUCAUUUCAGAUGUUGUUGUACAGGAAAAACCUAAAUGCAUAUUCCUAACUUCUCCCAACAAUCCAGAUGGGAGUAUAAUCAGUGACGAGAUUCUCUUGAAAGUCCUUGAGCUUCCUGUACUGGUGGUGCUGGAUGAAGCAUAUAUUGAGUUUUCAGGACUUGAAUCACGGAUGCAGUGGGUGAAAAAGCAUGAGAAUCUAAUUGUACUUCGGACUUUUAGCAAACGAGCUGGCUUAGCUGGACUCCGCGUGGGAUAUGGAGCAUUUCCAUUGACCAUCAUUGAAUAUCUUUGGAGAGCAAAGCAACCAUAUAAUGUGUCUGUUACUGCUGAAGUUUCUGCUUGCGCGGCAUUGCAGAAUCCCACAUAUCUUGAGACUGUGAAAGACGCUUUGCUACAAGAAAGGGAGAGGCUUUACAACCUUCUAAAGGAGCUGCCAUUUCUCAACCCAUAUCCAAGCUAUUCCAAUUUUAUUCUUUGUGAGGUUACAUCGGGAGUGGAUGCUAAGAAGCUGAAGGCGGACCUAGCAAAAAUGGGUGUGAUGAUUCGUCACUACAACAACAAAGAGUUGAGGGGUUAUGUUCGCAUAUCUGUCGGGAAGCCUGAACACACGGAUACAUUGAUUGAUUGCCUCAGACGCUUGUCUUAACGCAGUACCUUUGUUAGGCAUCACUAUGUGUAGAUUGAAUACAUUAAUAAGCCUUGGUACUUUUUAUCAGAUUGAAUUAUAUAUGUGACUAAUUCCAUAUGAUAGAGAUAUUAUAUUACCAGGAGGCA